GUGACGGCGAGCCCGAGCCUCUCUGACACUGCCGGGAAGAAGCAUCACGUACUGUGUACACGUGAGCCGUCAAGUUUCUGCCGUCGCUUUCCCUGCCCAUGUUUUCAUCCGAGCCCUGGUCCACGGCGCGAGGAGUAGUAGUGUCCGCGUGGCUUUGUGGGGGGAUACCACCACCACCACAGUAGGGGUUUGAUGACAACAAACUAAGACGAGAGACACCAUGGUGAAUAGCAUCUUCAUCUGCAUUUCCUGCUCAUAAACACAAGAUCUGAGAGCUGUACUGCCACUAAAGGGUCGACUUAAUGUAAGUGUGUGUGCUGUGAGUGAGGGGGGAUUACACUAACACACAGAUAACUGCUGCUCAGGACUGUAGUGGUCUUUAGUGAUUAAUCCAGCCUGUGUUUAUUUUCAAUCUUUGAGAUAUGAUGGGGAAAUGUGAGAUCACGCUGAUGCUCAAACUGUCAUCAUUAGGGAGCAAUAGUCACAUAAGAAAAACGGGCAAAUAGGGGGGCAAAAAGUAGUUUUUCAUUAUCAUUAUUAUUACUACCAUUAGUAGUAGUAGUAGUAGUAAACCCCUGCAACUCCAGUUAUUGUAAACAUGGAGAUGUUUGUGUUUUUGUGGCCUUUUCAAGCCAUCAGUAGGCAUCACUAUAACCCCUAAAAUAGCUGUAUUGUUGACUAUUAAGUCUACCUUUUUCAGUCAGGGACAGUUUUGUGGACUAAUAAUACAUGCAGUUGUCUACUUAACUUUUUUGUUUUUUUGUUGCAUUGUUUUUUUUCCUCAUCUCUGGGCCUCUUGUCUUAAAAAAACACUCCAGUACUUCCUCUUUUCUUUGCAUGUUUUAAUCAUGUCCACUCCUGCCUUGCAUGUUAAGUUUCAACCCUAAGGUAUGGCUUUAAUUAGGAUGAGUACAAGUUGUACUGUUCUUGCAUACAGAGCUCUACGCUCCCGCAUUCAAUGUAUGGUUCGCAGACUGAAAGUUCACAGCCAUAUGACAAACUUCACAUGAUAUGGGUAUCCGGGGCUGUAGGAGACGCACAAAACCUCCUUUCUUUCCUUCUUUAUGUCUUCCAUACUUAUUUCAAACUGCAGCGUUGGGCUUCAGUCACAUUGUGGCAUACUCAUAAACAGCCUGUUUGUUGUAGUGUAUGUUCUGGAGGAACUUAUUGUGCAGAUUUCUGUUAUGUGUCUCUGUUUGUGCCCCUGCAGCACAACUACCUUGGUUGUACUCUAUAUCUGUUUGUGUCAGUGUACGUCUUAGCAGGACCUGUUGUUCAGAUUACUGUUAUGUGUCUCUGUUUGUGCCCCUGCAGCACAGCUACCUCUGUUGUACCCUAUGUUUGUUUGUUUCAGUGUAUGUCUUAGCAGGAGACUAACCUUAUUGUGCAGGUUUCUAUUAUGCGGCUCUGUUUGUGUGACUGCCUAGUCUCUAUUGAAUCUCAAUAUUGACCAUUCUCCGGGCAGUCAAUCUGCACCCUUUACAGAGUCCUGGUCGACCUUGUCACAGAGCUUUGCUAUGGCAGGGAUCAGUGACAGUGUAUGGAUACACAGGCGGCUCAGAUGUCUGCUCUCAAGCUCUUGGGGCUGCUGGCAGGUCGUCUUUAAAUAGAUAAGCACUUAAGUUGUGUGCCAGCGAGGGGCCGUGACCCCUGAACAAGGUGAUUUCGCAAGUCUAUCUGCGUCUCAGAGGGUGAUUCAGCAAAACAAGACUGUCCUCUGAUAACUCUCACAGUGGAAGGAAAAAAGAUAAAAACAGGAAGGUUGUGUGUUUUUGUCAUUUUUCUUGCUUAGAGUCGAGAUAAAUGUCAGCGCUAAGUCGCUUUUUAAGAACUAGAAAAGAAAACAAGCUGGAGUCCAUCAUAUCCCAGACGAUUCUCAUAGAGUCUUGGAUCCGUUUGAUAAUGUAAAAUGUUUUUGCAGUGCUUGAACAGUGAGUGGAGAAUUAAUCUGCAACUGUUCUUGACAUAGGGCAAUUGCUGAAAUCAUUUUUAAAAUAGCACUCGAGAAAAUCAACGGUUCCUCUCCAUAUUUGAUCAAAUGUGCUCGCUCUAUCAUGUGCCCUUUGCAAACAUGCAUCAUGGAAAAUUUCAAGAACAUAUCAGGAGCUCUCGCUUGGAAAUUCUCCUGACUGCUGUUUACACAUCUCAACAGCAUGAAGUCUCCCCCGUCAGAUAAGGAGGGCAUGGGAACAGAAGUCAUGCUGUAAUGCUUUACAAUCAUAUUUAAGAUAACAACUACCGAUCCUUUGAUUCGAUUCUUCCGGAAGUUUUUGAUGUAACUAGAUAGUGUUAUCUGUGCUUUUAUUACCCUUUCAGCCACGAGAGGAUGUGUCUGAUCGUCAGUUGUAUUAGUAAUAGCAAUGAGGUUUCUUCGCGGCGCUACCAGGAAGCAGUGCAUACAUGCCUGUGUAAUUGUGUAUCUGCAGGAAGAGUCUGACAUGUACUCGUCAUUAAUCCGCUUUCCUGUUUUUGCUCCAUUAGGUCUGCCAUGUUUCCUGAUGCCUUGGAAGCAGCAGGGCGGGUGGAGGGCCUGCCUCUCUCCUCUCCACAACCUCUUCCCGAGCUCGAUGAAGAGGAUGCAGAGGCAUCGGCGGGGAGGGGGCUGAAGAGCAGAGGCCGCUACCGGCAGAGUCUGCAGCUUCUGAAGCCCUUUAGGAUAACACACAAGUAAACAAAACUAUUGAAGUUCAAAUAAGGUUUCUCUGUCUGUUAGAUAAAAGUGAGUGUAAGGCAGGACAGAUAUCAGUUUAAACAUACAUAAACACAAAAGUUUACAUUUGUUGUGUUUGCUGUGUACGAGGGGUAAGAGAAGAGCAGGAGGGUACGAUAAAGGCUGGGAACCUCUGGGAGCUUAUCCCCGAAGGACAGACAGCACAGUGUUUGAACAUAAGCCAACUGAUAAACUGCCCCUGAACUUCUUUUUUUCUUUUUCGCUGCUCUCUCAGAUUUCUGUUAAGAGUGUGCAAAUUGCUGUUCAAACACUAAGGGCAUGAUUCACCUUUCAUCAACUCUGGCAGGCCGAGGCGGCGUGUCUCGCUCGGAGGCCUUUGCUGACUCUUUCCCCCAACAUAGCACCUCCGUGUAUGCCUGCACUUUUAGACAUCUCACCCAUUUUCACAUCUUAUUUACUCUCUUCCAGGCACCAGCACCCAGUCGAUAACGCCGGCCUCUUCUCAUUUAUGACCCUUCACUGGCUCUCCCCGCUGGCAUGGAAGGCCUACAAGGCGUCCAGCUUGUCCAUAGAUGAUGUGUGGGGACUGUCUUGCCACGAAGCCUCUGAAACUAACUGCCAAAGGUGAGGUAACCGUGGCGCUUCUGAGGUUUAACUGAUGAAAGUGACCUUGGUGUUUGGAAAACUCGGUUUUGAGGCCUUGACACAGUGUCACUAGAAAACGGCAGAAAGUGUGAGACAUGACAUAAAAAGUUUGAAAUAGGGUGGUUAGGCCUCAUUUGCUGAGUUUGCAAGCACCUGCUUUCCUCUAAUAUAAGCAUUUAACCUUUGACAGAAAGCUUCUACUCAACAAUGUUUUUAUUAGUUUUAUACAAAUUAUACAAAGGAAACACAUUACAAACACCCCCUUUCCCCCAAAACCCUGUCGACUGCUGGAUAUUCCUAUUACUGUGCUUCAAUAACAAAUUCUGGAGCUAAAACUAAAAUAAUAAUGAAAAGAAAAAACAAGUAAGUGCUGGAAUUCGGGUUUUGUAGAUCUUGAAAUAUAUAAGUAAAAAGAUAUAUAUAAAGUAAAAAGAGAAUAAGUUAAAUGAACUACUGUACGUUAAGAGAAAUACAUAUGUAGACAAGUCGCUAAGAACUGAAAAAGUCCAUAAGAGAUAAGAAUUUGAAUUGUAUGAUUAUAAAACCUCACAGAUAUAUAUUUCAAAAAGAAAACAACUAGACGGAGAGUGCUUAUUCAAAAUGAUGAGAGUUUCUGAAUGUAGUCUAGAAAAGGUCCCCACAUCUUUUUGAAUUUUCUGUCAUUACCUGCAACCGAGUAACGAAUCUUCUCAAGGUCUAAACAAGACUUAAGGUCCAAAACACUGUUUUUAUAACCCUGUGUUAGCUAGUUAUAGACAUGCACUAAUAUCAGCAUUUAACCUUUGACAGAAAGCUGACAGGUUAUCAACUGAUUGCUCACAUGUCAAUCUAUUGAUUGAGUUUUUGCAUGUGAACGUGUGUUGUUUUUGUUUGUGAUGACUCCAGAUCUAUUCCUACCUAUCAUACUUGUGGAAUAUUGAAUCAGCUAAUGUGUAAUGAUUGCAGAUGGAUUUGUCAUGGGUGAAAUGUGGUGUGUUACGUUGACGUAUUGCUAAUGUUUUGCAACAUCAGCUUUGCUUGGCCUUUCCCCAUCAAAACUCGCCUCUGCUCAAAUACUUUCAGAAACCUCACCUUACAAAUGCAACAAAAGACAGCGGGGGCUAGUACCGCUGGAGAGAUCAUCUUGUUUUUUUUCCAUUGUGUGUGAUCCUGCGAGACAUCAGAUCUCAGAGACGUGACACAGAAACUGUCUGAUUCUUUGUUCAUCUGGAAAGUAGUGUACAGCCUGUUAGUCAGAGUUAACCAUACGAAGCAACUUUUCAUCACUGGAAAGACUCAGACAAAGUCUGGUGGAGCUUCGACAGUCAUGACAAGCCCUCUCAAGGCCCCUCGAGAGUCACUCUGUCUGGUCACCCUUUAUUGUAGCUGAACCCCAGGCUCUGUUACAAGAGGCUCUUGAUGUGUGUGGUUGUGGGGAAGUGUUAGUAUACUAUUCUGAUGCUGUGUUCGAGUUUCAAUCAGAGGAUAGAUUUCCUUUUGUUGAGUGUCCACCAUCAAGCAUCCCAAGCACAGAGGGUUGAAUGUGAUUGAAGAUGACUUGCUUUUACAACUCAAUAUGCCAUUAGCUGGUGUUGCUUAGCAAUGUAUAGGUUUUACUGUAAAACUUUAUACCAAGAAGACGACUUUCAGUUCUUUAACAGCUAUUUAAACCUUAGUUUAUGUGCAGUGUGGCUUCGUUGAUUUCCCAUUUUCACUGAGUGGCUUUAAUGGGUGCAGCCAUUGUUGUAUGUUGAUGGUAGAGCACUUCAUCAUAAGGCUGUGAAGUUUACAAGCUGAAACUUUAAAGCCAGGUGGACUUUGAUUGGAGAUUUUCCAUUUGAAAUCUGCCUUUAUCACAGGAGUAGGCCUAAGAUUUCCUCUAUUAAUCUGUCACAGAUGUUGGAAGGUCCAUUUCAGUUCACAUUAUUUUACUUACAGAGUUUUUAUGUCAAGUUAAGGCUAGUUUAUAAUUAGCCGUUCUGUAAACAAGCAAUGCAUUUUUAGUUUCCCACUUAGAGAGAUUAACCUGAGCUGAAUCUAAAAAGAAAAAUCCUCUUUGUUAAUAUUAUGCUGACAUUUUUUGUCCAUUCCGCUCUCAAGACAGAUGGCUAUACACCAAGAUUCUAGUCCUGCUCGGGGUUUCACUUUGCCACUACCUCCAAAUACUGCAAAGUGCAUGCUACUCAUUGGUGUUCAUGUUGAAUUUCUCUGAAAAAUACUACGACAAGUAGAGCCUCAACUGCUCCAUAUGGAUAUGUUCUUCCUCAGAGAAUACAUUUGGGAAUACUUUGAGUUUCCUGUGAAUAAAUCUUAUAACUGAGCUGUAAACCUGAAGCCUGAUAGACCACACACUGAUAAACAACAAACAGGGAAGGGAUCUCUUUAGUUUAUUUGUGGCAAUUCUGUUCCAAUGUACAUGAUACCAGUACGGACUUAAAUCACACCAACAUGGCAACCAACUUUAACUAAAUACUCUAUUUGUCUUUGUUUGAGUAAUAUUUCCAGAAAUAAGAUAAGAAUUCAGAGAUGACAUAGAAUGAGUAAUGGGUUUUUACACUUUGUUGGGAUACAUUGCUUCACCGUUUUCAGGAGUGUAAGACUAGAUAUAAAUUUUCCACUUGAUAUGAAGUGGUAUUUUGGAAAUUUAGUCCUGCUGUUAUGUCAUGUGGAAAAAACUUAAAGAAACAAAACAUAAUCCUUCGAGGUGAAAAGUCGUGUGUUUUUGUUUCAGGCGCCCCGGUGGAGCUUGUUGUUUUUAGCUCGUGUUCAGGUGAACUGAUCUGGACAAAGUGCUCCACUCUCACACCGCUGGAGCACUGGAGUAGUUUCUUCUGAAACGUAAAACCUUUGAAUGUAGUGAUCGUCAAACAUACUGCAGACAGGAAACAGGUGCGAGUCCAAGGUAGGAAUCUGUAACUCCCCCGCCACGUGGACAACAGACCAGGAUUUUAUGUCUGUGCUGUGGUGUGGGGGUUCUUUGCAAGGUGACUUCAUUGAUGAACAUCGAGUCUCUCUUUCCAAACACAGGGACACUGUGCCUGGAGGGAUGGCUGCUAAGAAUAGCAGGGAUUAGAGAUUACAGUGAGAGUUAGUGCCUGACUUGGAUGGUUAUGUCAUUAACUCCUCUACCUGGGACACACGGUGUCUCCUGUCACACUGAUUAGCUGUCAUUGACUGCAGCUAGCCUGCGACAGACUGACCGUGAGAUAAACAUCAUUGCUUUCUACCAGCCGCAGCAUGAGAAAUACCCUGUAGUAAUGCACUUAGACUAUGAAUGAACAAUAGACUUACAAUAAGGAUAUUAGAGGGUAUUUAGCUUCUACCAUGUGUUUAGAAAAGAAAAAAACAAUGCCUUUCCUAUUACUCACAUGCUGUCGAGUCAUGCUCAAUGAUUCUGCAAUAAAAAGGAGGGUCACUGUUUGAGGAAGGUCACUAUUAUCUUGUGACAACUGUGUGGGUUGUAAAUGACCGGUUCCUUUUAAAGGCUCUGGCUGUGGGCCUGGCGGUUCAGUGCUUCUGCUUUGUGUGUGCUAAAUAGCUUGCUGAAGGGAGGCAGCAUAGUGGCACAAAGCUAUCACGUUGGCACGGGUGGGCGAUGGUGUGCAUGAGAGCUGCAGAGUCUCUGGAGACAGGGGCAUGGAGUGGGGGUGGGAUUGGAGGGAUGGGGGGUGGGGGUCUUUAUUUUGUGUUUACUUAGCAAGAACAGUUAUGCAACCGGCAUGCAAAGCAGAGAUGGCGGCGAGUGAGGGAAUGGGAAAAGCACCCUGGGAGAGUUGACACUUGUUAGUGCUCAGUGAGGUGCGAACCUUGACUGCAAAGUCCUCGCCAACACACUCUCAAAACCUCAGCUUCCCUCGCCAUUUGGCAAAGUAGAACAGUGGCUGGUUGGAACAUUUCAGCUGUGUUUGAAAACAAAUGACGCCUUUUUCGAUCCAACACCGUUGCCCAGUUCCCCUCUGUUUGUUAGACAUUUAGAGAUGCGCUGAUAUGAUUGAUUUUUGACAUUUCUAAGGUUCUUAAAGGUGAUUGUUCAGGGUUAAAAUUAGGGCCUGACCGAUUUAUCAGCCAAUUUUAGCCCGUUUGAGACUAAUCGGUUAUCGGCCAAAAUUCAAAGGACUUAAGAUGCUAUUUGUCAUCUUAUUUAUGAAGAAAAAAUCUCUAAUCCUGCAUUUUCAGUAGCUACUGUGUUCAAAGGUCUUUGCCACUUUAAUUGUCCAUUGAUGAGAUUUAGCCAAACAAAUUUCAACACUCACUCUCAAGUCUCAUUUCUUCGACUCUGUACUUGCCCUUUCUUCUUCUGAGGUUACAAUUAUUUUGUACUUUCUGAGAUUUAGCACCAUUUGACUUCCAGUUGUAAUUAUUUGUCUGUUGAAGAGUCUAAUUGGUUUAAUGUUCUGUCUGUCCUCUCUGAUAGUUUUUUUUUUUUUUUUAAUAAAGUCAUUAGGGCGUAAAUUACUUUCUGCAGCUGCUCUGCUGCUGCAUUAUAGACUCAUUAGCACUGAUGCAUUCGGUCAAUGUGAUUUUUUACCGUCUUUCAAAGACAUUAUACAGAAAUAGAGGACAUUAGCACAUCUUUAAUACAUGUGUGGUAUUACCUUUCUCAAUCUAAUUAUGUAAUACAUCAUUCAUGCUGUAUACACUGUAGGUCACCUUUGCAAUAUUAUCAACCGUACAGCCUUAAUUUUUCUCCUGUGUAUUUCAGCUGCUAGACUGUGCAAAUAUAACUCUUGUUAUGCUUUUUGGCAGCUUGAUGAAUUGGAAGUGCAGCUCUGUUGUUUUAAGAAUAAUAAUACAAGUUUCCCCCCCCCCCUAUGAUAAUUUUGCCCUUCUAAAAUGCCAACUUUUACAUAUUCUUAAUUGGGACUAAAACCACUCUCAGCGUAGCACUCAUGUCGGUGUGAAGCAAGCUGGAAAAAAUCAGUUUGAGUUUCAACUGUUAGGGCUCAUCUUACAGCAAAUUAAAAAUGUAAUGAUGUUUGUUCAGCUGUCAUUUGAUAUGGGUCGUCGUUACUGUGCUGAGCUCUAGGUGUGUCUGCUUACAGGCUGGAAAUUCUGUGGCACAGUGAGCUGAAAAGACGAGGGCGUGAAGGAGCAUCCCUGACAAGAGUCUUCUGGAGGUUCUGCCAAACCCGCAUGCUGGUGGCCAUCUUUUCUCUCCUCCUUACAAUGGUGGCAGGCUUUGUUGGGCCCGUGAGUACAGUCCAAAUCCUCCUCUCAUUUUAUUAUUAUCCUAAUUCUGCUGAUGAGGCUAACAUGCCUCUGUGCACAGUCACCGGCUUGUAGUCCAAAGUCUGCGUGUAUUCUCUGGAAAGCGCUUUAUCCAGUUUCACGCUGGUGUGGAAUUGAAAUAAAACCAAACUGAGAGAUUACACAGCUUUGGAUAGUGGAGCCCUUAUUAAUACUGAGGGCUAUGUGGCUUGUUCCUGCUCAUGCUUUGGUCAAGAAACCUGCUGAUUUGUUUUUGCUUUGCCAAAAAAGAUCUGAAAGGAUUUUUCUAAACCUCUUUUUUAAAUCUUUCUUUGAUGCCAAAAUGUGAUAUUUGAUAUUCAUGAUACGGUCCCAUUGUUCGUUGAGCUUUUUAUUUUCAUGUGAUGUUUUGUGUUGACUGUGUGCCUGCUACUGACCUCAACUAAUAGCAUUAAGUGGAUUUAGUUCUUACACAAGAGUGCAUGAGUCUCACACUGCCAACUCAUUGACAACAUUCACAGAGGAAGGUGUGAUGUGCACGUUCUCUCUCUGCAGUUUAAUGAACUUUAUACAUGUUUGCUUCUCUAUCUCAUCACCAUCAGAGCUGUGCAGUUUAAUAAACCCUCUCAUCUUUUACUUCUUCUUCUGCUUCUCCCUCAUUUCACUUUUCCCUUUUCUCACCAUCACUACUGUUCUGAUCUCUAUCACUGGCAUUUCCUGAACCCCUCUCCCUUUCAUCGCCUUGUUUGUCUCCCCCAUUCUGCCUCAUAUUUUCCUCUGCUCGUUUUCAUUCUGUUACUAUUUCUCCUCUUCCUCAGGCUCUCAUGGUGCGAGCCCUGCUGGAGUAUUCGCAAACCCCAGAGAGCCAUGUGCUGUACGGCCUCUCCCUGGUAGCGGGGAUCUUCCUCAUGGAGUUGAUGCGCUCCUGGUCUCUGGCACUCAUGUGGGCCGUUAACUACCGCACUGCAGCACGCCUCAGAGGGGCCGCUCUUACUUUUGCCUUCAAUAAGAUUCUCCGCCUACGCAGCACUAAAGACAUCAGUCCAGGAGAGGUAAGUUACGUAACCCCUUUGGGGACUCAACCCAAAAUUAACUAAAUCAUCCCCCACUGUAGGGAGCCACAGGCAGACAAUUGAGAUGGAUUUAAUCUCUGAUGGUACACCACUCUUGUUUAGCUCUUGGUAAAUCCCUAUGCUUGAUAGUGGGGGGGCUGCAUAUGAUUAGUUAUUACACAGAUUAAGAUGAAUUAUUGUUGCAGGAGCCAUAAUGUCGCUUUGCUUGUCAGUUAUCCUGUGUUCAGUUACUUCUGUCUGGUCUCUGUUGGUUUCGCUGGGUUUGGGUCACGUGGGCAUUGUGUUUGAAAGCCAGUAAGUGAUAUAAGGGGCGGUCUCACCUGCGCUGGGGUGGAGAGGUGAGGCUAGUUAGCCAUAACUUUUCUUGAUACACGUCGCAAUGUGUACACAUAUGACAGGAGGAUAUGCGCGUGUAAUCACUGGCGAUUAUAGAAGCGUUUUUCUGUUAUUAAAGCCCCAAAAACUUCGAUGAACUGUGGGUGCUUCUUUGGAACAGCAGCAGCGUGUCACACAAAUACACAGGACCUAGUCUCUGCCUCAAGCGACUUUUUACAGGAACUAGGAAAGACGCAAUAAUUGUCCACAAGUAAUGGGGGAAUACAGACAUUUAAAUUUGCUCCAAUAAUUUAAGAAGUGAGGUUUCAGUAUAUUUGGCCCAGAUUCAAACAUAAACUCUAUUAUGUCUCCCCAGCUGAUCAACAUCUGCUCAGGUGAUGGCCAGCGGCUGUAUGAAGCUGUGUCUGUGGGCUGCCUGCUGGCCGGCGGCCCUUUGGUGGGAAUACUGGGUCUGUCCUACACUGCAUUCUUCCUGGGCCCCACUGCUCUGAUGGGGUCAACCAUUUUCAUCCUCUUCUACCCUGUGAUGGUACGUCCCCAGCAACAUCUGAAACAACAGAGCGAAGGAUUAAACUCUAUUCCACCAUAAUUACUCAGGCUUUUGAGCAGUAAUAUUAAAAAUAUAUAUAUUUAAAUAUACAGUAAGUAACAAAAUGAUAAAUUAAGCUAAUUAAAAAACACACACAAAGACACAGAACUGUCAGUGUUUUUAUUAACCUUAAGUGAGAAUCCCUGGCAUCGUUUAAUUACAGUUUGAUACCGAAUAAUGAUCAUUCUCUUUAUAGUAGUGACAAGUAAUUAAAUAACACUAAUAGUUUAAAGUUUUACUCAGUUAUGCAGCUGCUAAUACUGUAGAAAUUUUUUGAAUGUUUUGUGCAAACUUGAUAACUCAAGAGAUGAUUGUUGAGUCAUUGUUAAAAAAAAGACAUGAGCUCUUAUUGCAUAAACAUCUUUGAGGAAUACAAACGGCACUUUUUAAAGGCGUCAUAACUCUUCAGCUAUCAAUCGCCUGUCAGCUUUGUCGCUGUUAUUUUCAAAUUACACUCAGUCUAAUGGAGAGGCUGACAGCCAUGGACCCUGCUGUUGAUGUGAGAGGCAUUUAUCACUCUGCUCCCCCGGACGGCUCUGCAGCAAACCUAAUGUGAUUGUGUCUGCUUUCAUUUCCUCUCAUGCCACUUAUUCCUCUUGUCAUCAUUUCCUCUCUGUCUCCCCGUCUGGACAGAUGCUGGCAUCAAGGCUGACUGCAUAUUUUCGCAAAAAGUGCGUGGUGGUGACCGACCGGCGCGUGAGGCUGAUGAACGAGAUCUUGGGCUGCAUAAAGUUCAUCAAGAUGUACUGUUGGGAAGAUGCGUUUGCACAGAAUAUUCAUAGUGAGUGUCUUAUACAACAAAACUGCUCACGUUGAUGCUCAUUACAGGCUGAAUUCAACAAGAUGCUGACUUAAUGCUAAAUGCUCUUAUUAAGCUUUUAAUUUCCAACGCAUGAGAAUUAAGGGGUCACCUCAUUUGAAUACCUGUCACCGCUGCAAAUGACUUCCUAAUUGGUCAGUUUAUCAACAGACAUUAGGCUUAUCCUUUUGGUGAACUAGCAAGAUAACCCUGACCUCAAAUCCAUUUUCAUUAGCUCGCUGCAUUAAAGUAAGUCCGUGUGCCAUCCCUUAUAAUCAAGGCCAGUUUGAAUCCCUCAGCUUCAAGGUUAAUUUUCCAGGUGUUUGGGGCCUUAUGAUACCUCGAAUGGCUGUCAAGGCUGUUCAACUUAUCCAUGAAUUAGUGAUGACUUUUUCUCACAAGGGCCUAUCUGUAGGUUGCGGAUAAGGAUCAUUUUCCCCUUUUAAUCAUGCUUUAAAUUAGUCAGGCGGGGCUCAUUCUCAUUGCUACCCCUUUGAUUACCUGUUAUAAUGGUAAUUAAUUGGUAUUCAACUCAAUGCCCAAUGAGUCUUGAGAGUUACAGUGCCUUUCUCUUCAAUUAGCAGUCUUGUUUAAUUGACAACUGCAGGAUUUUAUGCCCUGAAGCACGCCACUUCAGCUUUGUAAUCCAGGCAGAAACAUGCGUACCAUCCAGAGCAAACUCCCAUGGAGAAUAACAUGUGCAAGGAGGAUGGGGUCCUUUUAUUUCAAACACAGUGCUGCUGGGGCUAAAUUAAACAUGCACAAGCCUUUUUGUUCCAGUACUUGCACUCAGUGAACUUGAUGAAUAAAGCAGCACGCAUGAGAUACAAAUGUGGAGGAAGGAGAGGGCAAGGAUUGGUGCAUUACACUUGGACGGUUAUCAGGUUCAGGAGGUUUUCAAGCCUCUUUCAUACCAUGUAUGGCUGUGGGGCCCCUUGUGCUGCCUCUGGUAUCUAUUCCUGUCCCCUCUUGGCGUGUUUGUUAUGGACUCUUAUGGUGCUGUUGAUUGGAUGUUCACUAGACUAGAGGACCCUCAGGGAACCCUCACUUUAUUUUCUGUCUGUAUCUGCUCAUCUUUGACUUGUGUUUUAUAUCACCCGUCCCUCUCUUGUGUCUCUUUAACAGAGGUGCGAUCAGAAGAGAGGGGGAUAUUGGAGAAAGCCGGGGUCGUCCAGAGCCUCACAGUGGGCGUGGCUCCCAUUGUUGUGGUGAUAGCAAGCGCAUGCACUUUUACCCUGCAUAUGGCUCUAGGUUAUGACCUGACUGCAGCUGAGGUAUUUAGAAACUUGAACCUGUACAAAUGUAUUAAAUUUAGAUUUUGUUUAUGAUCACUUUGAACACGUCUAUUAAAUUAAGUUGAAAUUACAAUGUAUUUAUUUUCAUUAUAACCUUUCUAAUAAACACGGGGAGCACUUUUUUGAAAUAGAAACACAGUAUAUGAAUCAAGUAAUAUUUUACAGUUGAUUACUGUUAAUUGAGAGCUCCUCUUGCUGUUAGGUGCUUGGAUAUAUCUUUAUUUGUAGCCACAGAUGAAAGAAAGUUUCUAACUAUCUCCUCUGCACAUCUUACCUCAGGCUUUCACCGUGGUUGCAGUUUUCAACUCUAUGACCUUUGCCCUAAAAGUUACACCGCUGGCUGUGAGGGCGCUGUCAGAGGGUGCUGUCGCAGUCAAAAGGUUUCAGGUGAGAACAUCAACUUCUCGUGAUUACAACAAAAGGAUUCACGUUGAUAUUUCUGCAAUUAAACGUAUAAAAACUAUGAGACAAACAUGAAGCGCUGCUUUAAAGUGUUUAUUUGGAUGUUGUCUCAAAUGUUUCUAGCAAUGUCCAAACCCAGUGAGAAUUUCAUUUCAACUCAAGGCACCAAUUAGUUUUAAUUACAGAGAAAACCUCAGAUGAUACAUCAGAUUUAGGGAAGAACUUCAACUGCAGCUAUUUCAAAAGAAUAACAUGACAUGCAAUAGUAUCACUAAAGCUUGAUUUUCACUUUCUGUGUGUGUCAUGAAAGAUGGGCGUUUUUAGACAGCUUAUGUAACAGAAAAAAACCCUCAGUAAGAUACUUUACAUCCUUAGAAACCUCGAGUUUGACACACAACAAAAAAGGAUCUAUGACCAACUGUCAGCCUAUAUAAGCAGUAUAUUUGUGUAUGUAUGUAUGUGAGAUCAUAUGUACUAAAGUAGGCAGGAGACUAUGUUUACAGUACGCCACCGGCCCAGCAGGUUUUACCUGGCUCAGAGCCAAUUAAAACCUGCUCCUGCUGCUUCUUAAAACAGACCUGUCCAAACCACAUAGUGACAUUAUCGACGCAAUGUAUUUCACAAACAUGGCAAAAGUCACAUGCUCGUGAGAGGCGGUUUCACAGAGCCAGCUGGGGUUAAGUAAGCAAGCACCUCUCCAAGGGUACACCAAAAGGCCGGAGAUAUUUCAUGUUUCUCUGCCUCAUGCAGCACAUAAUAAUCUAAGACUGGAGUCUAUCUUUAUACAGAGGUGUGUGUGCAUUAGCACUGCUGCAGACGUCAUGACAUAUCACAGCUUAAAGUGUUUUCUGUUGCUUCAGCAUAAGUGGACAGAAAGGGAAAUCUUUUUUUUCAUACAAUAACCACUUUUCUGAAUUUCGUCAAGUUGCUUAUUAUCAAACUUCGUUAAAAGUAAACAUGCAUUUACUGACCCACAGUAUCUGUCUCCACAGAGGCUCUUCAUGAUGGAUGACAGAGAGGUCGUUUCGGCUAAAAUGGACGACCCCAGCAAUGCAGUGGAAUUUCAGGACGCCACGCUAGCCUGGGAAAAAGCUCGGACCCCGGCUGCAAAGCCCAGCCAGGCCCCCAAAAAGGGAAGAGGAAUGAAGCGUGUGCUGCGUAGAGAAAAGCUCAGCCUUUACAUCUCCACUGACGAUGGCAAAGGAAACAAAGAAAGUCCCACGGCGCAAAGCCUUCUCACAAAUAUGGAGCAGGAGAGUCCACAAAGCACCAUCUCCUCUACACAGAGCAUACGACCUCCAUUGCACAAGACCCUGCACCGCAUUGACCUGCGGAUCAAGACGGUAACAACAGAAACGCAUACAUUAAACGGAUCAAAGAGACUUUUAUUCAAGGUGUUGCUUGCUUUAAGCCCCCAACCCCUUUCUGCUUUGCUAGGGUUCACUGGUUGGAAUCUGUGGAGGUGUUGGGAGUGGAAAAAGCUCUCUUCUGUCUGCUCUACUGGGUCAGGUGAGAUUUAAUGGGGAUGUUCAGCCAGAUUUCUCAGUUUAAGUUGGCUUCUCAUGCAGCACAGACAUGAAUUAGGAGAACUUCAGUCCUUUGUGACCUAUCAUUCAUACAUAAAGCCAAGCAGCAUAUUGAAAAGGAUAAAACCAGGUGUAUUCUGCUUAAAAACUUCCUCUUUUUGUGCAGAUGACCCUCCUGGAAGGAAAUGUUACUGCUAGCGGCGGCUUCGCGUACGUGUCACAACAAGCCUGGAUCCUCAAUCACUCACUUAAAGAGAACAUCCUUUUUGGAAAUGAGUUCAACCAAGACAGGUAGGAUUAAAUACUGAAUAAUUAAAAACACAAGCAAUUAUGGUUGAUUCAUUUGAGGUGAAUUAUGCCCUGAUUAAACACCUCCCCCUCUUUAUGUUCCCUUGACAGAUACAACACUGUCCUGGAGGCCUGCUGUCUUCUUCCAGAUCUGGCCGAGCUCCCAUAUGGAGACAUGACUGAGGUACGUGAGCAAAAAAUUAACUUGAUUGAGCACAGAGGGAUGUUUUCAUCAUUCACCGACACAUGCCUAUCAGAUACAUUUGUACUAAAUGCAUACCUGCAUGCAUAGUACACAUGCCAGAGUUGUUUUUUAUGUGAGAGUCAGAUUCUAGGCCAAAGUAUCUACAUCUUGGAUCAGAUAAAAGCACAAACACAUUUAACCGGUUGUGUAGGUAAUUGUGCAGGCUUUGCAUUUAGUCUCUGUUAAAGUCUGUGUCUGCUGCGGGAGACCGGUAAUUUAUGUGAUUUGAGCAUGUUUUCUUAUUCUGAUGGAGACAGCAUGAUGCAGAAACGCUGAAAAAAAGAAGAGCAUCAACUGAAUACUGAAUUACAAAUAAUAUUAAACAGAAAAUCUGGGUCAGUCCGCUUCUCAUGAAUAUUAUUCCUCCAAGAAAAAGUUUAUGUAACUGAUUUCUUGCUGCUGAGGGAAACCAAAGUAUCUCUGUAUCUCUUUUAGAUCGGAGAGAGGGGUGCCAAUCUGAGCGGAGGGCAGCGUCAGAGAGUGAGCCUGGCUCGUGCUCUCUACAGCGAGCGGCCCAUACUCCUCCUGGAUGAUCCUCUGAGUGCUGUUGACGCUUGUGUGGGCUCCCAUGUCUUCCAUAAAGCCAUAAGAGGUGUCGCUAAGGGCAAGACGGUGCUCUUUGUUACCCACCAGCUGCAGGUAAGAGUCUGUUAGUUUCCACUUAAAUGUGAACCCACCUCUUAUAAUAAAUCAUAAGCACAUUUAGAAAUCCUCAAUGCCUCUUUACUCCAGUCAGUAUUUUACCUCUUCAGCGACAAAAACAGAGUCGCUCCUAAAGCAACACGAUCGAAGUUCAACGCUCUUAAUGUCUGCUAAGUGUCCGGAACUAUUUCAACUCAGUUAUUUGUCUAUUUCUUUUCAGUAUCUGCCAGAGUGCGACAAUGUAAUUCUCAUGAAGGAUGGGCAGAUUUCCGAGUCCGGCACUCAUUCUCAGCUAAUGGCCAAAGAGCGUGACUAUGCCACCGUUUUCAACAGCAUGCAACAGGAGGUAAGCUUGGGGCGCACAAGGCACCAGGCCAGCUCAUUUGAAUAAGGCAUCUUUACCCCUUCUACACAAUAACAGUGAGCUUUACGAGCUGAAUAAUUCAUCAGCCCCGACAGGAAGGCCCAAUGGCUUCGAAAUGUUAAUGCAUACAUGGCCUUUCAUUAUUUAAGUGUGCAUUGAUUUACUGGUGGGCCGCUGAUGACCCUGUCACAGAUAUCUCUGUUUGUAUGCCUCGCAGGAUGUUGCUGCGGCUGCUGCGAGACGAUGCGUUUCACUUUCUUCUUUCUCUCUCUCCUUCUUUUGUGUAGAAUAUGGUCAAAGAGAAUUUAAAGAACAAACAGAAAAGUGGGGGAACAGAGAAGACGGACGCCGCCGUGCCUGUCGCCAAGUUCGUAUCAAAGGUGGAGAACGCCAAAGGAAGUGAGGGACUCUUUUACUUUUCAUGCUUCACAUCUAAAAUAAAUGCUUACCGCUUUGAUUCUCUGAGAACUGUUCACAAGCAACUUCUUCUUGGCUCGUCUUUUAUUCAGAACAACUGAUGAAAGCUGAAGAGAAAGGCUCUGGUGCAGUUGCCUGGUCUGUGUAUGGCGCCUACAUCAAAGCGGCAGGAGGUCCAGUCAUCUUUAUCAUCAACAUCUUCCUCUUCCUCGCCACCACAGGCAGUAUAGCCUUUAGUAACUGGUGGCUGAGCCAUUGGAUCAGGCAGGGCAGUGGGGUGAGUUAAAAGAUGAUCCUACUGAUAAUAGACAGCUCUUGGUGUGUUUGGCUCCCAGCAGAAUUAUAACUCCUGUUCUUCGGUGAGUUGUUGGAGCCGGCUGAUCAUUAAUUUGAGUGUGCAUGAUUAAAAAAGUAACGGCACCACGGUAAAGUUAAUUAAAAACAAGCAGAAGCAGUGAAGAAACAGAUGUGCAGCAAAGCAGGCGCUGGCUGCUGCUGAAAAAUGUGCCUGGAAUAGUAAACACCAUCGUGCUGACUGAUUUUUGGUGCUCUUUGUGUGCCUAAGUGUGCUUUUCUCAGUUUCAUUAGAAGCGAAAUUCAUCUGUAUCGGGGGAAAGAUUUGAUUUUUCUCUCCGUCUUUGUAAUUUGUUUGCUCCAUCUGCCCUCAGAACACAUCAUUAAUCUCGGUGAACGAAACAAUGGCAAGCAACAGCAUGAGACUCAACCCGCACAUUCAGUACUACUCUGCUGUUUACAUCGGUUCCAUGGGAGCUGCUUUACUGCUGAAGACAAUGAGAGGCCUAGUGUUUAUUAAGGUAAGCCUCCUUUACUCCUCACCUCAGGAAACCCUGCCCUCUCUAUCUCCCUCUCACAUGUUCUGUCUCCCUAAUCUUAAUGAACUUUAAAAGGGGUCGGGGUGUUUUGAGGGAACGUAAAAACUUGAUGUAUAAACUCUGUACAGUCGAGCAGUGACCCUGCCUAAUUGCCUUUAUUGUCAUUUGUUCAUGCUCUCAUGGUUUUAUGCUCUAAUUGAAAAUGCCUGUGGGCCAAAUCCAUUUAUCUGUCCUUAGCCAUGUCUCACAGCUUUUAAUCCAUCGCACGCUGUGUUUGUGUAUGUGUGUGCAGAAGAACCAGAGAGAAAAAAAGCGAAAGAGAAGAUUUGUGUGUACGUGUGUGUGAGCGUGGGCAUGUCAGUGCCCCUUUGGCUCCUCUUUUUUUAAAGCUAACCCACCCUGACAUGAGGCAAUGCAGAGGUCAGGUCCCCACGAUAAUGUGUGCCACUUGAAAUUGCAAAUUUUUUCAAAGAUGGCUGAUCUUUUUUUACCCCUUGCUGUGAGGAGAUCUCUGGGAGUGUUGAAUAUUCCAUUAAUAAAAUUAAUUUGUCCUCUGCUGCCACAUGUAAUUUCUGUUCAAUUUGAGAAAUGUCACUUGCUCAUUAGGUCAUGACCUUUAUGUCAGCCUUCCAGAAACUCAUUACAAAUGAAAUUUUGACAGUUUGUCUCGUGUGGAAAUGAUAAAAGAAUUUUCCACAGUGAAGCAUAUGGUAUAGUAGCAUUUACUGCCCUGCAGACGCUGCUGUUUUUAUCUAUUCUGUGUCUUCCUGCUUUCAGUCUGAGCGCUCUGACAGACUUUUUCUUCCAAAGCUGUGUGUUUAUCCGUGCCUUGACUCUUUCCCUAUGUUUCUCCAAGUUGUUUGUUUACAUGCGUCACGUCUCAUGUUCAAACACGGCUGUUGUUUGUGUUGACAGUCCACGGUGAAGGCCGCCUCUGUGCUCCACGACAAGCUGUUCCGCCGGCUCCUGCUCAGCCCCAUGCACUUCUUUGAUACAACACCUCUGGGCCGCAUCCUGACCCGCUUCUCCAGAGACAUGGACGAGGGUGAGGCUUGAUUCGUGUUGACUGAGAUUCUUUCCCCCAAGAGAGCUCUCAGUCAGUGAAGUCACCACGUUUGACAAGGUGUAGUGCUGGAAAACGGAGUGUUUUUACAUGGAGUUUGUUGCCUGAGGGAGUGGCCUUGUGUUAUCCACUUCACUGGUGUCUUUGUUUGACAAGUUGAUUUGUGGUUUGCUGUGUUUUUUUUUCUGGAUGGUUGCUUUUUGUUUCUUUGAGUUCUAUUUCUGUAUGCGCCUUUGUUGCUCUCUCUCUCUUUUGGGGCUAAAAAAACAAUACUUUGGGGCGCACAAAGAGAAUAUUUUCCUCACAGACACAUAGACAGUUAGAUCCGAGCUAUACAGGGUUUCUGAUGUUAAAUAUGUCUUGUUUCCACAGUUGACGUGCGUCUCACUAUGCAAGCUGAAAUGCUGCUGCAGAACCUGACUCUAGUGUUGUUUUGCUUGGGGAUGGUGGGCAUCGUCUUCCCCUGGUUUCUGAUCUCCAUCUUUCCACUGGGAGUCUUCCUCUGUGUCGUCAACCGAGUCUCAAGGUCAGACUCUCUUUACUCUUGAAACUUAUAAAAGCUUGUGUGCACAUUGCACACCAUUCUCCAAACUACAGAUAAGCAACACAUGUUUAUAUCCCUUUAGGAAACUGAUCACUACAUUAGGUGACAAAGAAACAUCCUAACAAACCAGUAGAUACACCUGGCUUUUGGGUAAACAUGGGUAGCAUGGCAGUUAACAAUUGCCUGCAGACAUGGAGCAAUAUUUGCAUUCCUUCAGAGUUGCAGCAAAGUAAGCACUUAGUCUGCAUUAGUUCCUUAUUGAGUCUCUGUCUUGCAAACACUCAAAGCACAAAACAGCAGACACAAAACAUAUCAAAAUUGAAAAUGUCAUCAUAUUAAUGUUCAAUAACUGAGACAUUUAACUCCACAAGAACUAACAGGUUUUAAUGCUGAAUUUUAGCAUGACUCAGUUAGCCUACCUCAGAAGUUGGAUGUCAGAGCUGGGAAUGAUGCUACACCCGAGAUAACGGCGUUCCAGUAAACAAGCCGGAGAACCAAGAUGGACGCCUACAGUUACUCGUUGUUGGCUGUUAACAUUUGUCAGCUGUCGUUAGCCAUUGUCAGUCGCUGUUACAAGUUGUCAGCUGUUGUUAGCCGUUGUCAGCGGUUGUUUGCGAUACCAGUUGUAAACAACGCAUAACACAGUGUUUUCUUACAGUAUUUUAUUUAUGUAAAUUUACAAAAAGAAAACCGAAGUGCUAAUAAAUAAUACACUGCGAGAGCUUUCACUGUCACUCAACUGUUAUCUCGGAGACGUUGUCGUCGAGUCGGAGUUGUGCUGCGUUCCAGUUGUACUCGGAAAUCGGGAUUUCCGAGCUCCGAGUCCAAAAUGUAUCUGUAACGCCCCCCUGAAGUCGGAUUUCCGACUCGAAAAGUCUGACGAUCCUGACCAACCCCGAUUUGACGACAACGUCAUAAUUUAAGAUGGUAGUGCAGUGCAUCAACAGUAAAUAGUAACGGUGAAUGCUGUCGUAAUGUUAGCACUUCUGUUUUGUUUUUGUGAAAUCAAAUAAGUGGUAUAGAUGUGGUACUGCCCAACGUCUAACUGUGAACACGGUGCCAUGGUGUAGGUAGAGUAAAAUACUGGCGUUAUGCGUUGUUUACAACCGGUAUAGCUAUCAAGAACGAACGACCGCUGACAACCGCUAACAACAGACAGUUGUUAACAGCAGCUUUCAACUAGCCUGGCUAGCUAACAACGGGUAACUGCAGUCGUCAAUCUUGGUUUUCCGACUUGUUUACUGGAACGCCGUCAACUCGGGUGUAACGUCAUACCCUGCUCCGACAUCCAACUUCCGAGCUAACUGGAACGCAGCAUUGGUGAGGAUCGUCCGACUUUCUGAGUUGGAAAUCUGACCUCAGGGGUGCGUUCCAGAUGAAUUACCAACUCGGAAAGCUCGGAAAUUCUGACUUCCCAGUACAACUGGAACGCAGCAUAAUAAUAAUAAUAAUAAUAUAUAAAGUAAUAAAACCUUUAUUGCUUUUAUCUAGCGGCGAUGCAAAGCAUAGUGCCAUGUGCAUGUGGAAAUAUUAAUAGAGUUAGUAAUGGAGACAGUUAAGCUCUACAUACAUACAAAACAGAAACAAAGACAAAAUUGUUCAUUUCUUAUCUUAUUUUUUUAUACCGUUUUAAAAUUUCACAGCAUCCUGUUUGAAGGGAUAAUAGUCUACAGAGAGUAUAAAGCAAAUGUAAUGUCAUAAAAUAUUCACCUGUUACAGGCUUGAAGUCUCUAAAUAGCUGCAAGGUCGGAGAGUUAUUUUCUUUCUGUUUUUCACUUUUCUGUCUGAUUUCUGUGCGCAGGUUAGAUGUUUUGUACAGCAUAAUAUUUAUAGUUGAUUAAAUAUUAAACCAAAAAAGUGUAAGAACAAAAGAGUGUAUCAAAAAGACUCUCAUGUUCUGAGUUUAAAUAGCUUGUGAAGUAAAGCUACCGUGAAGAGAAGAGGUAUCGCUUUGUCCACAAAUUGCAAAUUUAUUCUGUUUUGGAUUGUAACAGAAAAAAUGUACAGGUUAAUUACAGUAAAGCAGUUCAGAGAUGAUCUUUGUGAUCAGUCACUGACCUCAUUUUUAUCCCCGUCACUUUGUUGAAUCUUUAAGGAGAAGUCAGUUUGACCUACAGACACUGCUUUGCUCAUUAUCUGCGGUUUUGCCCACAAUGUUCAACAAAUGGGAAUCUGCUGAGGAGGAAAACAGCUUCCUGGUGUCAUGAGAAAUAAUCACAGUAUCGUGUUAUUUCCUCUUUCUGAGAGAAAAUGAAGGAUGUGAAUCUCAAGCUUUUUGUUUCUGCUGGUGUUGAUCAAAAAAUAUAAAAAACAAAAACAAAAAAAUGUGGUUUGUGGCUUUAUAUCAGAGGCAAUUCCAAAGUGCAUGAAAAUUGUGAUCUGAAAACAUAUUUAUCUUGGAAAGCUGAUUUCUUUUGAGGGGUAAAGAAGUGGAGUCUCAGUCCACAAACCACACGCUGCUUUCCCUCCCUGUCCGUUGAUAUGGAUCACUUCAUUCCCGUCUCUGUAUAAACCGGCAUUUUUAUGUCUUAAAUGCAUUCUGAUUCCAGUUUGUCUCUUACGGGGUGAAUUUAACUUCAAAAUAUCUACACCUACCUUUCAGCGACUCUUGAUUUGCAGGCAAUUCAUGUUGAAUUAAAGUUGAAGUAUUUAGCACUUGAGAAACCAAAGGGAAGUAGAUGGCUCUCAUCUGUGGUGAUCACCCUUGGCAACACUUAAAAAGGUUAAAAAAAACUUUACUUUCAGAGCUAUGACAUCUCAGAAUAUGUAUGUUACAUCAAACUGGAUCUCCAGUUAAAAUUACCGUCUUCUAAAGCCGACUUUAUUGAAGUCUGAAAUGAAACGCCCAGGGCAUAAACAUGUUUGUCUGGAUCACAGCCCUGAAGUAAGGAAGUGUCAUGUUCUCUCCGUCUCUCUCCCUUUCCCUCUUCUCUCUGUGCUUUUUAUGAGAAAACCAAAUGAAUCAUGGGAGACUUGUAAUUCACAGGCACCAUCCAUUCCAGCCUCCUGUCUAAAAGCAGAAAGAAACUCCAGCCUUUGUCAAUAAACCUCUCUCGCUCAUACUGCCACGUAGUUGGCGAGUCUGGUCCCAGGCUACCAGUCGUCUGGUUGUCAGCGUGUGAGGAUGCUCAUAAUAAUACACAAUAUGAAUCAGACGGAGAGACAGGACUAGUGCUGUGUCUGGGAAGUUCUCUCAACCAGGGCCUUCGUAAAAUUCAUGUCAUAAAAGACUUAAAGUUCUUUCUCCUCUCACAUAGUUCAGCUCAGCAUUACUCAGUAUAACUUAUUAGAAAGUAUCUUCACUGAAAUGUGUCUGCACCUGUAUCCUGACAUUUUCUUUCAAGUGAAGCAUGUAUAAGUUGAGGUUUUCUAAUUGUAAGGUGCUGUAAGUAAACUUAAAAUUUCUACAAUCAUACUGAGCUCAAACAAACAACUCAGGGUUGUAAAACCAUUACUGGAUUAAGUUUGGUUUGACCAUUUUUAAAGGUGUCAAACCAAACAUUCAGAAUUAAUGUGAAUAUAUCCAUUGUUAGGUUCAUAUUUAAGUUAUGUAAGCACUAUAUGUGGUUUGUAAAUAUUUAAAAACUGUGUGUAUUUUAUUUAAAUGAAAUAAAAUGAAACAAAAAUGUUCAAACAUUCUCCCGGGUAAUACAAAUAGUUGAUGUAUUCAUAUGAAAUUAAUACAGAGGAAAGUUCAGAGUUAAAUAUUCCCUUUCUGUUUGCAGAGUUCUUAUUCGUGAGCUGAAGCGCCUGGAAAAUAUCAGCCAAUCACCGUUCACCUCUCACAUCACCAGCAGUCUGCAGGGACUCUCCACAAUCCACGCCUAUGGAAGGGGGCAAGAUUUCCUCCAAAGGUGAGCAGAGUGAUGUCUGUCAGGAGAUGGAGGUCAUUAAAGUUUAAUUUUAUCCUAUCUCUUGAUGUGGUUUUUCAGUGUACUCCAAGGCUGGUAAAUAAACCAAACCUCAUAUCCGAGCGUUUCCCUCGAGGUCCUCUUAUUUCUGCUCCGUCUGAUGGAGGUUUAUUUCUUUUCUUCCAGAUAUCAGGAAUUACUCGACACCAACCAGGCCUCCAACUACCUCUUCAGUUGUGCGAUGCGCUGGAUGGCUGUCCGUCUGGACCUCAUCAGCAUCUCACUUAUUACAGCUGUAGCACUUCUUAUCAUCUUCAUGCACAAUCAGAUACCUCCAGCCUACGCAGGCCUGGCCAUAUCGUAUGCAGUGCAGGUUUGUAAACAUGUACUAACACAGAAGGUGUAGAGACACCUGUCGCUGCGACAAAAAAAGAAUAGCUUGAAGAUCCAGAUGGGAUAGGAUCCAAUAUAACAAGACAAAAUUACCCUUUGGUUAGAAAUUUAAAGUGGCCCGGUCCAGCCUGAGGCCUUUCUCAUUUAUUCAUUUGUUUAUAUGUCCACUGUUAAAGUGUUUUUUUCUACUAAAGCUCUACUCGGCCUGGUGUUGCUAAUUGUUUUGCGGGGCUUUGUUUUAAUUAUACUGUUAUUUUCAGUGGUUUAAUUUGCUGUGUAUUUGUUUCGCUUCAAGCCCAUAAGGUAUCACCUGGUGCUGUUUAGACCUCUGGAAGUUUCUGCAAAUUCCUCAGGGUGACUCACAACUAAGUUCUCAUAACCAACACUGUCUGAUUCUCUGCAUUGCCAUUGUUUACAUGAUGACUAACAACAUACAGAGUACCCUGACUGUUUAAUAGCAGAUUUUUCUUUAAAGAGGUCAAUCAGAGACGAAAUCCAGUCCAGCCCCUUUAUAAAAAAUAGUUAGGGUGCCCAUAUGUCCUCUUUUACCUGGACAUGUCCUCUUUUUUGGGGGCUGUCCAGUGUUGUGGGAAGUCAUAAUAUGGUCACCCUAAUAUAGAUUGAUGUUGAAGUAGUUUUGAAACCAUAGUUGCUACAGUAUUAGGAGCAUUGUGCUCAGUCAAACUUACCAAUAGUUAUUCAAUACAUCUUUCCAAAGGUUGUUCAUGGUGCUCAGAGUAGACAAAGAAUAUUCGAGGGGAAAAAACAGCCAAUCUUUCUAUCUGACUGUAAGAUAAGAGAGAGAUAAGAUUAGAUAUUCCUUUAUUAGUCCCAUAAGGGGAAAUUUCAAAUUUACAGCAGUGAUAAUUACAAAAGAGAGAAAUAGAUAUAAGAUAGAAAAAAAGAUAUAUACAUGAGUGUUAUUUACAGCUGUCAUUGGUCAAACCUCUCAUUUAUAGUAAGGACGUUGUACCAGUACAUAUCAAAUGACUCAAAACGAUCAGUGUGACAGCCUGAAUAACUUGAGCUUCCCUCUCUCUUUACUUUUAUUUCACCUCCAGCUGACUGGCUUAUUCCAGUUCACGGUUCGGCUCCUCACAGAGACUGAAGCUCGGUUUACAUCAGUGGAGAGGAUCGAUCAUUACAUAAAGGUAAGUUUAUUGAUUAGCGCAGGGAGAGGUGUGGAUUAUGCGCCACUCAGACGUAUCGUUUAUGCUCACAAAGACCGUGAGCAGAAGAAUUAGAGACGCUGGCAUGUGUUUUUUCGUGUGCAUGUGAUUUGAUAUGUUUGAUGAACACAGCAGGAAGUCAUGUGGAAGUGCACUCCAGAGCACAUGACAGGGUUUGUUUCACACAGCAGCCGUCAAACUGCACAGAUGGGAAUAUAGACUUAGCUUUUUCUGUUCAGUUUCAAGUUCAAAGAAAAGCUCAUGGCGAGAAAAUCACUGCAAAUCAGUCAGGGGGUUUGCACCUCUACAGAGAUUAUGAGAUUAAUACUUGAUACCAUCACCUUGUCUAAUCUCAGAGUCUGGAGAGAGAAGCACCCAGACAGAGUCCUGAGGGAGACGCUCCUGCCCCCUCCUGGCCUCAGAAGGGAAGAAUCACCUUCAACAAUGUAGACAUGCGUUAUCGUGAUGAUCUGCCGCUCGUGCUUAAGAAUCUGUCCUUCACCACCCUGCCCGGGGAGACCAUCGGCAUUGUUGGCCGCACAGGAUCAGGUAGAUAAUUAACCCUCUGGUCCUCUGACUAGAAGCUAUUUCAGCAUGCAUCAACGUCCCUUUUCAACUUGCAGGUGCAAUUCCUCAUUCAGUGUCUUUUUUUUCUGCAGGAAAGUCCUCUCUGGGUGUCGCUCUGUUCAGACUGGUGGAGCUCACUGGAGGCUCUAUUAUCAUUGAUGGGAUCAAUAUUGCACAGAUUGGUCUGAAUGACCUGAGGAGCAAGCUAGCAAUCAUUCCUCAGGAGCCAGUGCUCUUCAUCGGGACUGUCAGGUAAUAAAACAGAUAAAAUUGUGUGUGUUUGUGUUUGUGACAGACAUUUUUUUUGUAAAAUCUGAAAAAGCAAAGCAGAUGAUGGAUGAGGGUCACAUGCCCCUCAAACCUUAAUUUGUCCUUGAACAACUAAAUGGAAAAUCCCUGCGUGUCCACUGCUGCAACACCGUGUCAUCUGUCAACACUUCCUUCCUGUAUAGUGACUGCUCGCUGCAGGAAACAGUCACAUGUCUUCAGUCAACUUCAUGUGUAAAGCUGAAGUGUAUGGUUUAGUACCAAAACUGAGUCGAAGUUAUUCUAUGUCUGUGUUAGCGAUCCAACCAAUAUCACAGUCGACUGAAUUUACUGUCAAAGAACAGUUUUUUUUUUAAGAGUAUAUUUUGGCACAGCGUUAAUGGAAAUGUGAAGCAGCAAUAAAAUAAAAAACCCCACAGGGCAGGAAGAACAUGUAUGAUACAUUUGACAGGCAAGAGUGAGUCAAAAAUAAAACAUCAACCCUGCCUUUUUCCAAAGCGAGCAGUCAGUUGUUUUAUGAAUGCUCAUUGCCUCAGGCGAGAUUUGACCUUGGUCAGCAGAGGGGUAGCAGAGUUGAAUCAGCAGAAUACUGAACCUCAUAUCUUAAUGUGAUGUGGUCAUAACAUUUAAUCCAGUUAAUGGGUACAACAAUUCCCUCCUCUCCUCUCCAACAGGAGUAAUUUAGACCCGUGGGAUCAAUACUCGGAUUCCCAGAUAUGGGAGGCUCUGGAGGAGACACAUAUCAAAGAGAUGGUAAGUGACAACAGACAGUAAGAUUAAGUAAGAAAAUCCAUAUCUGGAUGAGAAGAAACCACCCAUUAUCUGCCCUCAUGCCUUCCCCAGGUCAGCCAGCUGCCUCAUUCGCUGCAAUCAGAGGUGACAGAGAACGGGGAGAACUUCUCGGUGGGGGAACGACAGCUUCUGUGUGUGGCCAGAGCUAUGCUUCGAAACAGCAAGGUGCUGAUUGUAUAAUACUGCUACUUUAAAUUUAUAUGUGCAGCCCUGUAAGGCAUGGGUUAUGACAGCAGCAGGUUUUAUCAUAGAAAAACAGAACUGUCCCAUAUCACAGCACUGUCAGUCUGUAUGUAACUCUGCAUGAGAUAAUACUGCCACCCAGUGGAGCGCAUUUGAAUGUCAUCUCAAAACUGCUACUGCAUGCAUGCACUUGAUAGACAGUGUUGUUUUUUUCUUAUAGAAUUAGUCUUUUUUUAAACAAUAAGAGGAGAUGACAAAACGGUUAUUUGUUUGGAUGAUGUCAUGUCCUGGCUCUUAUAUUUCUUGUCUUUUUUUAUUUGUGUUUUUAAUUUAGGUCCUAAUAUUAGAUGAAGCAACUGCAGCUAUCGACACUGAGACAGAUCGUCUCAUCCAAGAGACCAUUAGCUCUGCGUUUGGCAGCUGCACCACACUCAUCAUAGCCCACCGUCUGAACACGGUGAUGAGCUGCAGCAGAGUCCUGGUCCUGGACAACGGGCAGGUGCGUAUGUAGACAACAACAUGACUCAACAUGACUGUGUGGUCAAAUCUCACUCCCAAGAGGAAAGACCUCAGAUUUAUGGUGUGCUCUAUGACCUCCCUGCGAUGCAAAUGAGCAGUUUAUGUACAAACAUUAAAUAAGUGUUUUCCUUUAGGUAACUCCUGAUCAUCUGGCACUCUCUAAAAACUUAAUUAAACCACACAUAUUCAUUUCUGAUGCUGUGAAGCUAAGUUUGCUGUAGUGUUUAAAGCAAUUCUAGGGCAACUGAACUUUUAAUUUUUCUGAGACAACAUUCAGUAAUAUUAACUGAGACUGGCUGAAUCUCAGUCUCUUCCCUGAACCCUAAGCCCCGAGCCCUUAGAGACUAUUAACAUCACCUGGAAAUUGAUUAAGGGCAUGAGGCUGUGGGGACCGACAUGAUAUAACAAGAAUGGGACAGCACAUCCCUUGAGAAUCCCGUGGUCACAUCACUAUGGGUACGAACUCUGGGUAAUUCCUGGUCUGCAGAGAUGUUCACUUAUGAAAAGGGUGCAUAGACUCAGAAUGUCUGUCAGAUAUCCCUCACGCAUUUUAUGAUUUUGUAGUGGGACAGCCCUUAGAGAUUGGGCAACUGUCUCUUGUUUCAAGAGUCACUUUUGCUGUUGGCCAGCAGGGGGCAACAGCACUGGUUGCAGAAGAGAUAAGAAUCGACCAAAGUCUGUGGAAAAUGGACCAAACUUUUCACUUGAUUAUUCCUUCAGUAAACUUUCUCGUGAUGGUUUUAACACUCCAAACUCUAGUCUCAAUAAAGCAUGUGUGCAUUUUCUUUAUUACUUUCUCAAUAACAUCAGAAUAAACAAGAAGGGCAUGAACCUAUCUUGUGACCAAAAAGUUGAUUGCAAGGCAACAUAUGAGCGGUGAAAGAGGUGAAGCAAUGCUUAUCCACUUUCUGGCCCAGCUGUGAUAAAUUUCAGCUCUAAAACCCCCAAGAUGGAAACAGUCAAAAGGUCAAACUCAUUUUUGUAAGACAUCCAAUACAGCAAAAUUGGCAAAGCUAAUCUUGUAUUUAAGACAUGCCAUGAUUUGAAUACCAACAGCGGAGUGUAAAGUACCCUUAGGGAUCAAUUAGUAUUGGUUGCAGAAACUUGUGUCAUCCACCAAAGCAUAACAAGACUGUCUGAGGAAAGUAUUUUCCAGACAUCAAAACUCCUUUCAUAAGCUGCCUGCAGGAUAUAACUGAGGUUAUAGUAUUUAUAGAGAAAAUGAUAUGCUACAUUUCUGUUCCCUCUUUGCAGAUUGGUGGAUUGAUUUAAGAUGCUGAUGAUGAUCACUGUUCUGUCCUUUCCAUUUCAUAGAUUUUGGAGUUUGACACCCCUGCUGCCUUGCUAGCAGAUGAAAAAUCAAGAUUCAGAGCCAUGAUUGAAGUCUCAGAAAACCAAAGCAGAUAAAAGACGCUGGAGCUGAACUCUGGAAGUCAGUGUUGACACCCUGGUAUAUUCAGGGGGAACACCUGAAGUGCACAAAAAAAAAACACAUUAAAACCCAUUCUGCCAUGGUGUUCAAGUGCUGAGGACCACAGAGGCCACUCUGUGUAACAGUGUCUGUUUAUUUCCAAACCAAAGAACAAGGGACCACACUCACAUACAUGAAGACACACAAACCUAACUAUGCAAACAGAGAUGUAACAGCCUCCUGCUCGGACGCUAAAGUUAAACCCAGGAGGCAGAAUAAGUUAGUUGUAAAUGACAAAGAGCAAUGAGUCUGACAAUAGCACUUUAUGUUUCAUGUGGACACAUGGAAAGACGAGAUACUUCCACUUACUUUGGAGGUCAGUGAAUCAGUGAGCCUCUGAGUUAGUUUGAGUCAUUUUAUGUACUUAUCUAAGACCUCACAGUGCAGGAGUAUACUGGUAAUAACUGUCAAGAUACAAGAUAGUGUUGAUUGUUCAACAUUGUUUAUCUAAACCCUCAUUUAUUAACCAUUCCUGCUACAGGAGAUUUAAACACGUGCUUAAAAUGUGUCACUGUUUUUAUGUUUUAUGCACUUAGUUCAAUGUUUUAAUGCAGUCAUUUCAGGAUAUUAUAGCAGAUGCAAUAUGUGCCUAGAGUUGUAAACCUUUCAGGUCAUGUAAUGGAGUUAGCCAUUUCAGCAUACUGUUUUAAACUACACGCAGGUACUGUGUUUUGGAGUGAGCUAAUGUUUCCUCGUAAUCCAAAUGCUGGAGUUUAAAAUCUGCGAAUUUCACACUGAUGGUAACGUUAGUACUGUCGAUUAAAGCUGCAGGAAAAGUCUAAAACCAUGGUACACAAUAUUUACUGUGCAAGCUGAGAAGAAAAGAGCAACAUGAGGAUGUGUCUUUAAUGUUGUGUUGUUUUUGCACAGAGCUGGGGAUUGUAAACUUCUGCCUUAUAAUCAAGUACGUGCUGAACAAUCAUUAAGAGUGCAAUAUCUUUUUAUUGCAUUAGUAUUUUUUUCAAGAUUGCCUUUGUAUACUUGAGGUAUUAAUGCUGCAAUGAUAUUUUUUAAAUGUUUAAUUUUUGUCAUUAAGAAUCUGUUUUUUUCCAAUAAAAUGUUUUCUAUAUAAACUGA